AUGAAAAAAGUUGUUAUUUUAAAUCAAUUUAUCGAAAGUGACGACACUUUAACGUUUUCAAAGGAUAUUAUACAAAAUUUGAGAUGUGCAAUUCUAGCUCCACCAGCAUAUAAACCAACUGUUCAGCAAGCUCUGCAAAAUAUUAAUUUUCAGUUCCAUAGAAGAUCCAGUUGUAGCAGUUUAAUUAGGGAGUGUAAUGUCGGCGAAGGACAAACCCGCCUAAUUUUCUGGGGUAACGGCAGCUCCGAUAGCAGAAUAACAAUUAUGUCUUCUGCAAGCAAUGCUUCGCUCUAUAUGUCAUCAGAAUCACAUGUCAGUCAGAUAGAACUCCGGUCAACGGGUCAACAAACCGACAUCAGUUGUCAGUUUUCCGGUUUUUCAUCACCAGUGCUGGUGGCAGAAGUCGAUGAACAGCGAGCAUUGCGCGAGCGCAUUGCGGAUUCACUGACUUUCUCGUCAGCAGCAUCGCCGCCCCUGCAGCCAGCUGGCCGCUCCGUCUCCAUCUUGGGAUCAGUCUGUGCGCUUCUACUCAGGAAACAGGGGUCGUCGGGUGUAACGAAGGAGGCGUGCGAGGUGAGCAGAAGCUGGCAGUCGGCCAGCAUAUGCCGCAUUUGUUUCGGCGGCGCAUCUCGGGAGAGGUUGGCGCGGCCGUGCGGCUGCCGAGGCACUGUGGCCGCCGUGCACCGCUCCUGCCUGGAGCGCUGGCUGCUGCAAGCGGCCACAUCGCACUGCGAGCUCUGCCGCCACCACUACCUCGUCACCAGGACCCACAAGUGGUCAUGGUGGUGGUGCGUGGUGUCGUGGGCGCGCGCGGGUGCAGCUCGAGCGCUGGUGGCGGACGUGAGCCGCGGCGCAGCGCUGGGCUGUGUGGCUUUGCUGGGCACGUCACGAGCACUGCGCAUGUGUGACUUAGCUUUGCAAGCUGGGGCUGCCCGUGGCGGUCUCGCUGCCCUCGCUGCUAACGUCUUCUCCUCGUUGCUCAUCGGCCUCAUCGGUGCCUUGAACGGGCUGCUGACGACGUGGAUGUUGCUGAAGGUGCAGGAGCACCAGGCGGGCUGGCGCGCCUGGCGUGACGCGACGCUGCGCGUGCGCGUGCUGCUGCCGGACGCCACGCCCGGCGCCACGCCGCGCGCCUCCCCGCGCCCCACCCCCGGUCCCACCCCGCACCCCACUCCCAGCGCCACGCGAGCCGCGUCCCCGAGCCUGGUGUCGCUGCGCACUAUCGCCGAAGUGCCGCCCACCGCUGACCAAGCCACCAACAUUGCCGAUCCUUUUAUAGGGCCACUAGCAGUACCACCACAAAUUUAG